AUGCCUUCUGUCAGCUCCCUCUCCCAGCAAAGCUUCAUCAACGUCGGCCCAUUGACAUCGACCUGGACGCCUCCCGCCUCCUGCACCGAGGGCCCGACCGACAAAUACCUCGCCCGGGUUGCUGCGCCGACAUUUCCCCUGUACGGCUCUCCUUGCAGCGAAGAACGCGUCGGCGACUUCUUCAACUGCAUACCCGAUGGCGAAGAAAUCCAAUCGCUGUGGGUAGCCCAAUCCCGCAGCCCGGCCGCCUACCCGACUCCGUGGGCCUACCACUCGCCAGCCUCCAUCUGUCCGUCGGGCUGGACGACCGUCGGCGCAGCCACAAAGUCCGCCAACGGCGACAUCGACGCGUCGGGCCACUUCACCCAGGCCGAGACAGAAUUCACGGCGACCGCUACGGGGGACCAUGGGCCGAGUCAGCACACAAACCCGGUGCCCAAUAUCCUCGUCGAAGCCCUCGCCCCGGGCGAGUCGGCCGUCCUCUGCUGCCCGUCCGGCUUUGACGCAACCGGCUUUGGCAAUUGCUUCUGCAACUUUCCCUUGUCCGAGUUUCCGACCCCCACCGUCUGUCUGCACAUGGUCGACGACUUCCCGCGCCCGGACGUCAUCACGGCCACGUUCACUUACAACGGCAAAGAGGUCACGGGCAUGGCCCUCAGUCAGACCGACACGGCCGAGUUUACACCGUCACGCUACAUUGAGACGGUGGCCUUGAGCGACGUGACGGCCGACCCGGCCACCGCUUCGGUAGUGAUUGCAUUUGAGGGACCCUUUACCGGCUUUGAACAUGUUCCCAUGGUGACGCUCGUCAGUAACGGCGAUGACGAGGGCGAGACUGGCGAAGAGGUCGAGGUCGGCGACGAGGAGCCCACCGAGACGGGCGAGUCGGCGGCUCGCAGCGGGAUGUUCACGCUGGGUACUGGCGCCAGUGCCCUUGUGGCGACGUGGGGCAUUGCCGUGUUGAUGGGCGCAGGCCUCAUGGCGGCGUGGUAG